UCUCUAUCCUUCAACCGUAGUAGUAUUGCUGGACUUCGAACUUAUUGUGCACAGCCAGGCCGUAACCAGCCUAGGCGGUGCUGCUCAUGUACGGAGCUGCACCUCAAUAAUGGACUGUGUGACGAUGGGUUUAUCCCUAAUCAGUCGAGAGACUGACGGGUCCAAGAACUGGGACUCAGAGGAAGAUGCCAUGGAUGCGGGGAUGCACACCUUCAACCACACCCACAUGAGGAAAGCGUUUCAGCUGAUGAAUGACUUGAGAAGUAAAAAGAUGCUAUGCGACGUGCUCCUCGUAGCAGGAAACAUACAGGUGGAGGCCCAUAAGGUUGUCCUGGCUGCAUGCAGCCCCUACUUCUGUGCCAUGUUUACAGGGGCCAUGAGUGAGAGCACGGCCCAGCAGGUGGAGAUCAGGGAUGUGGACGGCCACACCCUGAGGAUGUUGGUGGAUUACAUCUACACCGCCGAGAUCCAGGUGACCGAGGACAACGUACAGGUGCUGUUACCUGCCGCCAGCCUGCUCCAGCUCAUGGACGUCAGACAGGUGUGCUGUGAGUUCCUGCAGAGCCAGCUCCACCCCACCAACUGCUUGGGCAUCCGAGCCUUCGCUGACCUGCACACCUGCAGCCAGCUGCUCGACCAGUCCCACGCAUACGCUGAGCAGCAUUUUUGUGAGGUGAUGCUGGGUGAGGAGUUCCUGGGCCUGACCCUGCAGCAGGUGUGCAGCCUGAUAUCCAGUGACAAGCUUGCGGUGUCCACCGAAGAAAAGGUGUUCGAGGCCAUGAUUGCCUGGAUCAAGCACAACAAGGAAGCCCGGCUGGAGCACAUGCCCAAGCUGAUGGAGCACGUUCGUCUGCCCCUCCUCACCAGAGAUUACCUGGUGCAGAUUGUGGAAGAAGAGGCUCUGAUCAAGAACAACAACACGUGUAAGGACUUCCUGAUCGAAGCCAUGAAGUACCACCUCCUCCCCGCAGACCAGAGACACCUCAUCAAGACUGACCGCACGAGGCCACGCACGCCCAUCAGCCUGCCCAAGGUGAUGAUAGUGGUGGGAGGCCAGGCCCCCAAGGCCAUCCGGAGUGUGGAGUGUUAUGACUUCCAGGAGGACCGCUGGUAUCAGGUGGCAGACCUGCCGUCCAGACGCUGUCGAGCUGGCGUGGUUUUCAUGGCGGGCCUUGUUUACGCAGUGGGCGGGUUCAACGGCUCACUGCGCGUCCGGACGGUAGACGCGUACGACGGCGUUCGGGACCAGUGGACUACAGUUCCCAGCAUGCAAGAGCGGCGCAGCACCCUGGGGGCGGCUGUGCUGGGCGAUCUGCUGUACGCCAUUGGGGGUUUUGAUGGCAGCACUGGUCUGUCUUCAGUGGAGGCGUUCAGUUACAAGACCAACGAGUGGAUGUUUGUCGCUCCCAUGAACACCAGGAGAAGCAGUGUGGGAGUGGGGGUGGUGGACGGGAAGCUGUACGCCGUGGGCGGCUACGACGGCGCGUCGCGUCAGUGCCUGAGCACGGUGGAGCGCUACGACCCCGGCAGCAACCAGUGGAGCUUCGUGGCCGACAUGAGCACCCGGCGCAGCGGAGCAGGUGUGGGCGUGCUCAGCGGGCAGCUGUACGCGGCCGGGGGCCACGACGGGCCGCUGGUGAGGAAGAGCGUGGAGGUGUACGACCCCUCGGCCAACGCCUGGAGGCAAGCCUGCGACAUGAACAUGUGUCGCCGAAACGCAGGGGUGAGCGCCAUUAACGGGCUUCUGUACGUGAUCGGCGGGGACGACGGCUCCUGCAACCUGUCCUCGGUGGAGUUCUACAACCCUGCCACGGACAAGUGGAGCCUGAUCCCCACCAACAUGAGCAACGGCCGCAGCUACGCAGGCGUAUCAGUGAUAGACAAGCCUUUAUGACUACCAGCCCCCCUGUGGCGGCCCCUCCAUCCAGAACCAGAAAGCCUCUCCCAGGCCCAUGUCUGAAACCAACCAGGCCACCUCUGACACCUCCACCAGCCAGUCAAUCCUCUACUCACCCCGCGGCCACCUGACUUGCCGGUGUCUCGGAACAUUCUGGUCUGAAUGUGGCCUGGCGGGGCACAAGCGGUAGACUGACGGAGGGAUGAAAAGCACAGUAAACAGGAGAGACUCAGAGCAGGUGGGAACACUGGCUCCUAUUUGGACUCACCCCCCAGGACUUUAGAGUGUUGCUCUGCUAAACACGGACAACAGCCAUUUCAGGUGGGAUAGACGUAUUGGCGCGGUGCCCAGGACGGGUUUGUGGAACAUGAUGCUAUGUGGCAGCAACUGCAAGAGUUUUCAGUCUGACACAACACCCUGUGCCAACCAGUGGAGGAGACGUCUUUGAGCUAACCCAGGGACUUUCCCCACCAGAACCACGCUAUACUACUAAUCUGCUCAUAUGAUGCAAUAAACACAGCUUCAGCUACCUGACACUCUCACUCUCUAGUCCUGUAGCCAAUAGACAGACCGACAGAGGUUCUGGAACUCAGUGGACUUGCCAAUAGCUGGACAGGAGUCAAAGGGCCAAUUCAAAUGCAGACCUUUGUCUCGCUUAGAGUCGUGCCAAACUUGCAAAGCCCACACUAGGAAGUGGACGAAAUGCAUUAGCGCAUUUGUUGUUUUCGUAGUAUACUGGAUGUAGACGACUUGUCUGUUAAAAUGACCAAACAACUUAUUUCAGUUUCACCCAUUCCAGAUAGGAACAUGAGUCCAAUACUGCAGGUUUUUCCUACAGUACUCACUGAAAUAUCCUCUCUGAAAGUAAGAGGCACUGAUGUUUUUGUGUCGGACUUGUUCUGUCACACAGAAUGAUGGAGGAUUAUGAUUUUAAACGUCAUAAGGAACUUGUUUAAUUUCAAUUUGUAUAUUGAAUAAUUUCAACUUGUAUAUUGAAUAUUAUAUCAAGGUGAGAUGUACUAAAAGUGUCUCUAUAGUGAAUAUUUAAUUGUAGUAUUUUAAUCAAAAUUGUUUUGUGCACCAUCUGAAUCUUCCUAAAUCAAACAUCUUAGGAUUUUCCAUCAAUAUUUUGAAGCAGUGGUGUGGAGUUUGGACAGAACAGUGUGUUGUUACCUCAUCUUAAGAUCUCUGGAUCCUCAGUGAUGAUGCUUUACUUCAAACAACUGUGCUACAGGAACUAACCUUGGUUGUCAUUUUGAACUUUGACGUUAACUUGGGCCUGUUCCGUUUCCUACUGGUGGUGUCUUUCAUGCAACCUGUGGUUUCUUCCGCUCUGAAUGCCAGGAUGAGUGUAAAGAAGCAGAUGAAAUCUAAGAAGACCCGAACGCAGCCCUUUUAGGUUGUAGGAGGAGGUAAAAGGGGGCACGUGGAAUGAAGCAGCAUUCUGGAAUGCAGUCGACAGUGAGCCAUCAUUGUUCUAUGGCUCACAGUUCUGUGUUCUGUGUAAGUAGGGACCGGAUUGGAUGUCCUGCUUCCAUUUGCUGUGUCCUUUUUUUACCUUCUACUUUUUCAAAAAGGGGUCUUAGAUCUUCCUAGACAAUCUCUCCCAGAAGGUCAAGAAACUUUCUACAUGGGCUUUUCCAAAAUGUGGAAUAGGAGUUCAAAUGCCAGCUCUGCUAGCCUGCUGGAAGACUAGAUGGACGUUUUACAGUCUCCCAUUCAGUCCAGUCAUGAUGUUGCUGAACUGGUCAAGAGAUAUUGGUGACAUUAGCAGAUGUUUACAUUGGUCAUGUUCAUGACAUAUCAUCACAUUUUUCAUGUCGUGAUGAAAUCCCAGGAACGCAGUCAGGAAUGUCGGUGUUUGUGGAGUGGUUUGAUAUUCUCUAUAUUAAAGCAUAUCACUCACUAUCACAAAACGAAGCCCUACUCUGCUGGAGUCCUAAUGUGCACAGUGGAGAAUUGUGCACAAGUUAUGACUGUCCUAGUUUCAAUAUUUUUCCAUAACAUCGAAGCAGAGAACAGGAAAGAAUGCAUAUGAUGCAUCCACUCUCAAUCUGUGUCUUUGUGUUCCAGCAAGAAUAAAAGAUAAAGGAUGAGAGGUCUUAAAACAUUGUGGUCAACAUGGUCAACACUAUACUGUCAAAUCUAUUCUAAAGGGAUUUCUUAUAUCAGAAUGCUGUUGGUUUUUCUGUGAUUUAACUAAUAUGUAUACAAAUAAACCAUUUUACAAGG